UGCUUGCUGGCUCUUUUUGUGUUGGAAAUCUCAUUGGGGAAUGAUGCUUGGGGGAAUUCUGCUCUUUCUUCUCUCUUUACCCACUUUUGUCCAUGGAAAUCUCUGUGAACCAGGUGCCCGUGGAGCAUUUAAAGUUCGUCUUAAUAUCAAGGCAGCUCUGGGAGAUAAUGCAUAUACAUGGAACGCCGAUGAAGAGUAUCUCUUUAAGGCCGUGAUGGCUUUUGUCAUGCGAAGCUACACAAAAAAUAAUACAUUUGACAUUUCUAAUAUCGUGCUGUGCAACUCGACGGAGAGAAUCUCCUUCUGGUUUGUAGUCACGUCUCCUUCCAAUGAAUCGGACCCCGUUUCAUAUUCCGUCAUUGAAGCUGCAAUAAGGAAUGAAAGAAACCGGAUUAACAGUGCUUUUCUCUUGGAUGACAAAACCUUGGAGUUUGUUCAGAUUCCACCCACGUUGGCUCCUGCUACUCAGACUUCUAGUUCCUCGUGGCUCAUUGUGUUUGGGGUGGUGGUUUCUGUUGUCACUGUUGCUAUUGCUUACCUUGUGGUAUCGGGAGUCAUACGGCACAGAAAAAGAUUAAAGUCUUCAGAAGAAAAUGAAGAGUCUGAAGUUGGAAUAAGAUCAGAUGUAACCAAGAAUGGUGGACUUCAUGACAAAACCCUAUUAACGGGCAGUUUGGGGAAUGACAGUUACGAUCGCACUGAAGAAGCACACACAGCCUUCUAGAGAUCGGAGGAUGAAGGGUCUGGCACCGCAUCACCACAUUUGUACUCCUUGGCAUUCACGUUACUAAAGUAACCAAAAUUGAGGUUUUUUACAGAACGAAAACAGAAAAGGACUGGAAAGCUGACGUUUAAGUUCUGUUGCGAUAAUAUAGUGAAUAUGGUCCCCAAACUAGUGUUAAUGCCAUCAUAAUUAUGUCCUAAUAAAUGAUCCAGCUCGGAUAAUGUCAGAGAAAUGCACAUAGUAACCCCGCUGUCUCUGACUAGAGAUCUCAUGUCAAAAACACAGAUGUCACAUCAAGUUAGUUUUUCUCAUUCUUGUCUGUUCAGUCUCUCUUCCUCCUUUUCUCUAUGUCUCCUGCGUACUUUUUCUCCUAUGGGUAACAUUAUUUUGUUUCCACUCUUUUCUUCUCUCACCCCCUUUGUUUACUAUUCUUCAGUUCAGGCAAGAUCACCAGGUGGACGAUAUUGGGCUGAUUUGAUCGCUUGGCCCUAGGGCCAAAUGAAUGGAUCACAAAGAUGGGGAUUGAGGCCGUCAGGGUGAGCACUGCACCAAGGAGCCAAUGUGGUUGUUAAUCCAAUGAGAAAAUGAAACCUGCAAGAUGUCAGUCGAGGAGGCCUGUCACUAGGCCCCAUACAUGGGCAGAUAAGCUUCCAAAUUAGUCUGUAGGGGCUAACUUGGCAGCUUAAAUCUGCCUGUGUAUGGCUCCUUUAACCGCAUAGCUGAAAACAACCCUGAAUAAUAAGUUUAAUUUUGAAUGGAAUGGAAGAAUGGGGUUCCACCUUCACAGUGCCAAACCAAUUGCCUCUCUGAUUCUGGCUCUGAGGGAAGGUAGAGACAUGACAAGUAAAGGAAAGACCUCAGCUGAAGGCAGAGGGACCCAAUAGUACAUCCAGUGGGUAAUUUUGACUCCACAGUGUUUUAGCAUCUACUGACUCUAAGAUCCAGAAGAUAACAGGGGUCAUUUAUUACACAGCACAGUAGCAGUCAGUUAUGUGAAAAAUUCCAUCCUUUAGCAGUGCCUGUAUCAAUGGGCACUCCUGCACUUCAGUAUAGUUGCCCUCAGCGCCACUGCCUUCCCCCUACCUCCUGUUUAAAAUGGAGUAUUGCUGCUACUCCUGUUGGCACAGGGGAACCCUGGAGCUACAGCCUCCUCUAGACCAGACAGUAACUUUAGGGUUCCCGCAGCAGCAUGAAAUUAACCAGACUAAGACAAAUUUUAGUGUAAUUGCAUGAUCUUUGCAAAUCUUAAUAACUGGGAAAAAUGCUGCAUUGUGGGUAAAACACAUGGUGAUUCUGUUUAGAAGUGCACUUUGCACGCUGAGGGGCAGAUUUAUUUAAGUGUGAAUUUAGAGCUCAGCUCAGUACAAUUCCCCUGCCCUCCAAUCACUCUUGUAGGAUUUUUGAAGGGUGAACUUUCACCCAUUGAUUAUUUUGCCUCUAAAAGUCCUAUAGGAAUGAAUAGUGGGAGAGUGGGAGAAUUUUACUGUUGAUAAAUCUGCCCCUGAGUCUGUGGUAAGUAAAUGACCACUAAUAUCUUGCUUAUGGUUUUAACAGCUGAGAUAUGUUUUAUGUCUUAAUAAAAGUCAGAAAUGCAAUAAAAAUACACUGACAUUUGG